AAAACCGGAAACGGAAACCCAGUGCAACUGCUAUCAACAAAACCAUAGUUGCUAUCAAUACGCCGAGAAAACUAGCAUUCUGAUGCCAUGAUUAUUGUUUGACCAAAAAGUAGCUUAAAUAUAAUUAAUUGUAACUGCGGUAAUUUCUGCGUUGUGUGCUAGCCUCCUUGCUAACUGGCAAUUACUAAGCUAACGUUAGCUUAACUUAACUCCACCGUUAGCUUGGCUAUUGCUGCUGUUUUGUUGACGCCUAGCUGCAAAGAAGAGUCGGAACCUGUCAGCCAGCGUUAGAGGGAGUGAGUGAUUAUGGCUGACCCUGCACGGAUCAAACCUGAGUCUACACCUGAGAGAACAACUUCUUCUAAUAAGCAGCAUCCUAAAUCAGAGGAAACUGAAGAUGUACCUGUCACAGCAAAACGUUCAAAGGAAAACAAAGAGUCAUCCUCGCAAGAUGAGCCCAACCAGGAGGUUAAAUCUGAACUGGCAGGUGGGGAAGAUGAGGACGAAGGAACCUCUGACCAAGCCAAAAGACUGAAGGUGGAACCAGAGAAGAAAAAAGAGAAGCGCCAAAAGGUUGAUGAGGAUGAAAUACAAAAGAUGCAAGUUUUGGUGUCGUCCUUUUCUGAAGAGCAGCUGAAUCGCUAUGAGAUGUACAGACGCUCUGCCUUCCCUAAGGCAGCUAUUAAGAGGCUGAUCCAGUCCAUAACAGGAUCAUCAGUGUCCCAGAAUGUGGUGAUUGCCAUGUCUGGUAUUUCCAAGGUUUUUGCUGGGGAAAUUGUUGAGGAAGCAUUGGACGUUUGUGAGAAGUGGGGAGAAACACCGCCGCUUCAGCCCAAGCACAUGAGGGAAGCAGUGAGGAGGUUAAAGAGCCGAGAUCAGAUUCCCAACACCAAGUUCAAACAAAUUAUCUUUCACUGAAGCGCCUGUGCUUUCGAUAAGAAAGUGGUGCCAUACCUUUUUGGAAAACUUGUCAUGAAGCUUCUGUAGCAAACUAGAUACUGAUGAUUCUCUACUAACCAGAGGAGACCAGAGACUGACAGAAGACAAGAUCAAGAGUGUCUCGUACAUGAAGGUAGUUGUUAAAUAAAUUACUCUUACCUGCAAUUGUCAAGGUAAAUACUUGAUGCAACAUACAGUACAGUGCAAAUAUUGUGAAAUUAUAUUCAUGUUUUAUGGUUGUAAAUACAGUACAUUUUACACUG